AUGUAAUUUAAUAAUAAGGUAAAACAUAAAUUAUAGCAAUCAAAGAAAGAAGUUUCUCAAACACCUCCAAAAGAUGAAUUAGGAUUAAGUCAGUAAAAACCACCUUUGGUAGAUUCAAGGUCUUAAUGGAAUACAAAUGUUUACUUGGUUCCAAAAUGGGAAAAGAAAGAAAUUAAAAGAGUUGAUUCUUAACUUCAUACUCCAUUUCCAUUAAGAAAUUAUAUUAAUUAUGUUUAGUAACAUAAUGGUGGAUUUUAAGAGGAAUUAAAUCUGGAUUUUUUUAAGCAUAUAUUUAGACAUUUUGCUAUAAAUUAAUGGUGGAUAGAGGAAGCACGUAAAUUCAAAUAAACAAUUCCCAUAAAUAUAAUAUAGAGUCCGGAAGAAGUUAGAUAAAAUCCCGAAUAUUGUAGAUUGAUGAUGGAAAAGCAGAAGGAUGAUAUAAAGUUUUAUUAAGAAAUACUAAGAAAUGUGAAAUGUCCAAAUCCACCUUUUCCAUCUAGAUAAAUUCCUGAAUAUCGAAAAUCUAUAACAUAUUAAGUAUUAGAUUUACAUAGUGGAUAAGAAUAUAAAGAUAAAUCAUUGUUUCAGUUAUAAGAUGUUUUUGUUAACAGAAUUAUAUAGUUGAUUUCUGAUUAGGGAAUUUAAAGUUUAGGAUACUAUGAUUAUGUAACAUUCAAGAAUAUAGUAUAAGAUAGAAUAAAAGGAACUGGAGAUGCUGAAAACUUUGUAAAAGUUUUAGAAAUUAAAAGACUUUUUAAUUCUGUUGAUUAAAUUUAAAAGGAGUUUGAAAAAACUGUAAAUGAAUGGUAAAGAGAAUAAACAUAAACAUCUAAUAAUACUAAAACUAAAUUUAGAAGAUGGUAAUAAGAAAAGACAUUGUUUUCAGAUGAGAUUCUUUAAUUAGCAACUAAUGUAGGAUUAGAUUCAAAUUUAGUAAGAGCAAGAAAGAAUUAUGAAUUGAAUUAAACAGAACAAUAAUUUAAAGAACUUAUAAAGGUUGGAGAUUAAAUAUAAUUGAGUACUCAUAAAACAAUACUUGAUACUCUAUCUAAGAUUGCAUAAGAGGAAUUUAAUAAUAUAUCUAGAACUAAUUCAAUUUUUCAAGAAGAUGCUCUUUAGCUUGCUAGAGUUCAAUAUGAAGAAUAGAAAGAUUUAAUAAAAAAGGAACAUUCAUCAGAAGAUUGUUUCGCUUAAUAAUCUGUAGUUCCUAGUAGUAGGGAAUGUAGUGAUAUAUUUUAGAAUAUUGCAGGAUAAAAAUAAUUUAUGUAAAAUAAUGAUUCAAAGAAACAAUUGGAAUUUUAAGAUCAAGAAUAGAAAUCUAAUAAAAAUAUUUCAGGUUAAAUGUAGAAACCGUUUAUGUAAUAUGCUAAAUAACAAUAAUAUUAGACUUAACCAAAAUAGUCAAAACCAACAAAUAGUACUUCACCAUAAAGAAGAAUACAUUUGAUCUCAGAGAAUAAUAGUAGAUCUAAUAAUACUAGUAGUAAUUAAAAUAAUACGCAUCGAAAUUUAAUUUAAUCUUAAGGAUAGGAAAGAAUGUUAUAAUCAUAGUGGUCUUAAUAAUCUUUGCAUUCUAUUGAAGAUAUCAUAAACUCUAAUAAUGAUAAUGAUUAUAAAGUAUUUAAUAAGACUAAUAGAGAAAAAACAGAAAAAAAUAGUAUGCAAUUUUAUUAAAAACUUGAUUAUAAAGACUCAAAGUAAUUUGAAAAUGUUUAUAAAGAUAAAAUUGAUAAGAGACAAUAAAAUUCUAAUACUAUUAGUUAACAUCAAUAUAAUAUUUAAUAAAGUCUAAAUACUGGCAAUAACAAUACUAGUGUUAGUUUGGUUAAUAAGAAUACUAAUAAUAAUAGUAUUAAUGAUGAUAUUUAGCUAUUGAGUGAAUUUGUACAACAAAAUAGAAUUUCAUAAUAAAAAUUUAAAGAUAAAGUUUUUAGUUAAGAAAAAGAAAAGGAAGAAUUGAGAUAACUCUAAGAGGAACUUGAAAAUAUUUCUAGAGAUGAUAAUAUGAGCAAUUUUAGAAAAAACUCCUAAGAAUCUUUAGAUAAGGAAAAGAGCGAAGAAAUUAAAAACUAUAAUACAAAAUUAAAUAUAAAAGAUGAUAAAAAACAUAAAGAAACAAUUGAAAAUUAAGUUAAAUUAGAUUAUGGAUAUAAUGUUUCUUCAUCAUUACCAGGAUCAUUAUCAAAUAAUACAACUGCUAGAACUUCUAGAAAUACUAGCAAUUAUACCUAAAUAUAAAAUAAAAAAUCAAAAGUAGAUAGUAUUGAAGAAGCUUUAGAUGAAUAAAUAAUAUAGUAAUAGUAGUAAUAGUAAUAGUAAUAGUAGGUAUUAAAUGAAAAUGAAAAUGUUAAAAAAAAUUCACCUAAUAAAUAUUCAAGAUAAACAUCUACCUUAAAUAUAUAAAAAUCUAAUGAGUAACGUUAAGAUAUAAAAUAAUAAACAAGAGAUAGUAAACACUCAAGAUAAGAUAAAUCAUAAGGACGAGAAACAAAUCUUCAAAAUAAUUAAAUAAAAGAUACUAAUGAUGAGACUAAUAAUUAUUAAAUUACCUAAUAAUCAAGUGAUAUGUCUCCAUAAAAGUCUAAAAGAAGUACAAAAAGCCCAGAAAAAGCUAAACGAUUCCAAAAGUCAGUUACUAAAAUUAUUGAUUCAAAUAAAUAAGUAAAAAAAGAUUAAUAAAAACCAGAUGUAAUAAAUAAACCAUUUGAGAAUCAAUCCUAAAUACAAUAAGAUGUUAGAAAAAGCAGACAUAGAACAGGAAAUAGAGAAAAAGUUGAUGAAUCUUCAGAGGAAGAAUAAGAAUAGGAAGAAGAAGAUAAAAGAAAUAGUAAUAGAUUUAAAAGAUAGAAAUCAUUUAGAAAAGGAUAAUAUCAUUCAGUUUCGAUGCCUAAAAUAGGUAAGGAUGAUGAUCCAAAAAGAUAUUUAUUGAUUUUAAAAGAAGAACUAAAGGAAAUGAUUGAUAAAAGAGUGAGUUUAAGAGAAAUAAAGGAGCAUAUUAAUUUAAUACUUAGUGAGAUAGCUGGAAUAAAACUUGACCCAGAAUUGGAAUACUAUCUAUAGUUAUGUAAUUAUUUAGAAGAAUAUUUAAAGAUAAAUAAAGAGUUUUAGAAUUGACUUAAGUAAAUCAUUAAUCGAGAGAAAUUCAUUUUUCGACACUUCAACCAACAGUUGAUUUUAAUAUAAAGAAAGAAAUAAAAGGAUUGAAAUUUGCUAGAAAUUGUGACAGAAUUCCAAAAUUAUAACCAAAAGACUUAGAAGACACAUUUGUAUUAUAAUAGUAAUUAAAAUAAACAUAUAAUUUGUUAGAUUGAUAUAAAAAGAGACAGGUGUUUUAGAUUAGGAAUCUUAAAUAUAAUCAUAUUAGCCAGUAUUUAGAUAUGAACAAAGACCAUAAGCAAUAAAAUCAGAUAUAGUAUAGGUUUCAUUAGAUGUUUCAAGAAAGCAAACACCAAAUACAUAACGUUAAGAAAGGACUGGGUCAUUGGUUGAUGUUGAUUUACCAAUAUUAAGUUAAAGAAAGAGCACAUUGUAAAAUAAUAAAAAGAAGAAAAAGACUCGAUAUAUUGGAUAGACUUCUAUAAAGAGAGAUAAAUUGAGUGAAGACUAUCCUUUUCUUUAUAAAUACAAGCCAGAGUUAUUGAAGAGUAUAUUGGAAGCCCGUAUUAGUCUUGAGAAAUUGGUUUGA